AUGCUGGGAUGGGUGGCUCGCUGCCUACCCGGGUUUAGCAUUAUUGGACUAAUUAUUCUGCUUAUAUUUGCAUUUUCCGAUAUCCUCAAGUCUCAGCUCUUCAGAGCUGUAUUUCCACCAUGGUUUGGACAACCUUUCAAGGAAGGAUGGUGGGGUGGAUUGAACCUCGCUCAAGCUAUCUUCGUAGUGUAUGCGGUGGCGAUACAUAUCGAAAUGUUUAGCUUUACCCUCCGACUGGCGUGGUCGAUCUUUCGAAUGACAGCAAAGACGAAGGAAGCACUGGGACGGCGUCCCACCGCGGAAUUUCCCGUCUCACCAACCCCCUCCGCCCAGGACGAGGGAUAUAGCAGCCAGCAAAUGUCACCGAUAUCUUUACCAUCACCCGGCCCAUUUCCCGAGAAAAUAAAUGCUAUGAGCAUAGGAUACGAAGUUAUUGAAGAUGAGGUGAUCCAUGCCAUUAUUUUACCCAACUAUUGCGAGGACAUUCACACGCUGGAAACCACUCUGAAAGUGCUGGCCAGUCACCCGCGGGCCAAGUCGCAAUAUGAAAUAUAUCUCGCCAUGGAGCAAAAGGAGGCCAUCGCUCUCGAUAAAGCGGCACACCUUGUUUCCACCUUCGAGACAUUCUUCCUCCACAUCCGUCCUACCUUCCAUCCAGCCGGUGUACAAGGAGAGAUUGCAGGCAAGAGCUCGAAUGUGGCUUUUGCGGCGAAGCGAAUCGUACAGGUUCACAACACAGAGCUGAGCGCGGAUUGCUGCAAAGUGGUGGUCACAGUCAUGGAUGUCCGAUGCGCUGAUCUUCUCUGGGGCUUCGCGGGAAUAUCCACCAUGUACCCAGGAACUCCCAUUUCCAUCCCCACCUCAGUGUAUUCCCUACCACUUUCCCUUGCCGAGAAGGUUGGUGGAUGGGAUAGCGAUCCGACAGCGAUCGGAGAAGACAUGCACAUGCUGCUCAAAUGUUACUUCGAAACCGCCGGCAACCUCAUCUCCCGCGUGAUUUAUGUUCCAGCGAGCCAGUGCAAUGUCUCCAGCGAUGGGAGCCAUGGUUGGAGACGGAUCCUAGAUACUGGCAUUGCUCGCUAUCGCCAGGCACUGCGACAUAUGUGGGGGGCUCUUGACUCGGGCUUCGCAGCACGGCGCACACUCGGCUACCUUCGCUUUCACAAGCGGUGCUCAUUCCUCAGUCUAAGGCAUUUUGCCCUUCUGCAUUUACUUUGGGAAGCGCACUUUCUGCCAUGUCAUUUGGUUAUUAUUAUGGUGUUUUCUGUUCUGUACACGAUCUUGGCACCUGCAUCGCAGCUGCACCCUACCUUCGCUCGAACCUUUUUCCUGAACGAUGUCUUGCGAACGUCCGCUUUUAUUGGAAUGAACUUUUGUAUCGCACUGUAUGACGGAUGGCAUGCAAUCUGUGUCAACUCGCGAAUGCAGGAUAUGUACGAAGCUAAAGUGCCGGACACGGGAUUCUCUCGGCGUGUCUGGUACAAGCCGCAGCACCUCAUGGAGAGGAUCUGCUUUCCAAUUGCGGGCACUCUCUAUGGUGCCAUCCCAGCUUUGCAGGCGGUCUUUUCCCACUUCUUCACUGAUCGAUUGGUGUAUCGAGUUAGCAAGAAGCCGACCUUCAGUCUUGAAGCCGUGAGUAUGGCAUAG